UUGUGUGAUGGCGAAUACUUGGCCAGUAUCAGUGCAACGUCGGAAAAUAGCCUCAGGGAUUUGAGGGAUCGCGCUUGGAGUAUGAUUCACCGUCAGGUCAUACUGACCCAGAACUUGUACCAGAACCGGAUUCUCGGGCUGGCCAUCAUGGCCUCCCCGUCUCGCGUCUCCCAGAACCGCCGGCGUUCCAAGGACCCGAUCCGGCACAGCUUCAAUCCGGAGCAGUUCCCCCACGUGGACUUCCAGAAUGGCGUUCCCGAGGACCUGGCCAGCCUGCCGCGCUCCACCAGCGACACGGACCUGGUGACCUCGCACAGCCGCUCCACCCUGGCCGUCAGCACCGCCCAGUACACCAUUGGCCAGUCGCAGGACAUCACCCUCAGCUGGGACAUUAAGGAGGAGGUGGACGCUGGGGACUGGAUCGGGAUGUACCUCAUCGAUGAAGUCCUGUCGGAGAACUUCCUGGACUACAAGAACCGUGGUGUGAAUGGCUCCCACAAAGGCCAAAUAGUGUGGAAGAUUGAGGCCAGCUCCUACUUUGUGGAGCCGGAGACUAAGAUCUGCUUCAAGUAUUACCACGGAGUGAGCGGCGGACUGAGAGCCACCACCCCCAGUGUGACCGUGAAGAACCCCUCCGCACCGGUGUUCAAGCCUCCAUCUGCAGAGGAUGUUCCGCAGAGCCAGGGCAGCAGAAGACUUAUCAGCUUCUCACUCUCAGACUUCCAGGCCACGGGGCUUAAGAAGGGCAUGUUCUUCAACCCGGACCCGUACCUGAAGAUCGCCAUCCACCCGGGCAAGCACAGCAUCUUCCCUGCACUGCCUCACCACGGCCAGGAGAAGCGCUCGGGCAUCGUCUGCAACACGGUCAACCCCGUCUGGCAGAGAGAGCGGUUUAAUUUUGUUUCUCUGCCCACGGAUGUCCUGGAGAUCGAGGUGAAGGACAAAUUUGCCAAAAGUCGGCCCAUCAUCAAGCGCUUCCUGGGCAAGCUGUCCAUGCCUGUACAGAGAUUGCUGGAGAAGCAUGCGAUCGGGGAUCGGGUGGUCAGUUACUCCCUGGGCCGAAGGUUACCCACAGAGUAUGUCAGCGGUCAACUGCAGUUCAGAUUUGAGAUCACCUCCUCCAUUCAUCCAGAUGAUGAGGACAUGUCUCUGAGCACGGAGCCGGAGUGUGCCACGGGCGCGCGGUGCCGCCCCACCCAGGCGGAGGACGCCAUGAGCCUGGACCAGGGGGCGCCAGAGCUGCCGCUGGACCUCCCCAUGGACACGGCCGCAUCCACAGGGCCCCAGGAGGAGCUACAGAGCCAGCAAGGGGAGAGGGAGGCGCAGGAGGAGGAGGAGGAGGAGGUGGAGGAGGAGAGGAGACACCGGAACGGAGCGGUGGCGUCCAGUGCCAUGACGUCCAGUGCCAUGACGUCCAGUGCCAUGACGCCAGUGGCCGAGGAGUGCGAAGAGCUGGACACGGCCUGCAGCGCUGGGACCGCGGGAGAGCCGGAGGAGCGUGGGGCAGUGGAGGAGGAGGAGGAGGAGGAGGAGGAGGAGGAGAUGCUGGAGGUGGUGGAGGAGGUGGAGGGCGAGCUGGAGGAGGGCUGCUCUCUGCUGCGCGUGCGCACCACCCCGCGGCGGAAGGCGCGGCCCUGCUCGCUCCCCGUGUCCGAGCUGGAGACGGUCAUCGCCUCGGCGGGCGGCGAGCCCGAGACGCCGCGCACGCACUACAUCCGCAUCCACCGCCUGCUCCACAGCCUGCCCUCCGCCCACGAGGCAGACCGCCACGCCGACCACCCCGCCUGCGGCCAGCAGAAGCCGUCGGUCAGCCAGGAGGAGGAGGAGGACGAGGAGGAGGAGGAGGACGAAGAUGUGGUGCUGGAGCCCCACGCCCCGCUCUCGCCCAACGGCACGCCGUGCCCACGCCGGGCACUGCCCCGCAGCCGGUCCGUGGAGCGCCUGUCCGACCUCAUCUACCAGCUGGACGGAGACGGCCGGCCGCUGGACGCUCAGGGCAGCAGAGGAGGGGAGAGUGAGGAAGAGCUGAGCCCCGUGCCCUGCUGCAGCCGCACCGCGCUGACCGGCCCCCACGGGAGAGCCCUGUCGCUGGACAGCGCCCGCCACACCCACGCCGGCGUCUUCUCCUCCCAGGAGGACGACGAAGAGGAGGAAGAGGAGGAGGAGGAGGACGGCAGGGACGGGGCUCGGCAGGUCAACGGCGUGCUGGGCUCCUCCGAGCCGGACCACGGCCCGGCGUCCCAGCGCAGAGAGCCCGGCGACGGGCGGCCGCAGUGGGAGGAGGCUCCGCCCACACACGUGCAGAGCCCCCAGAGCAGCGUGGGAAACGGACCGGCGCCCGCCGCAGGGUCCAGCGGCAGGACUGGACGUGACUGUCCUCUGCCCGGUAGUCACCCUCCAGUCAGUCAGCUUCCAGCUCUGCGGCCCGACCCUCACCAUUACCCAACCAUCGAUGAGCCUCUUCCUCCCAACUGGGAGGCCCGUAUUGACAGCCACGGCCGGGUCUUCUAUGUGGACCACAUCAACCGCACCACCACCUGGCAGAGGCCCACCACCGCCGCCACUCCAGACGGCCUGCGCCGCUCCGGCUCCGUCCAGCAGAUGGAGCAGCUCAACAGGAGGUACCAAACGAUACAGAGAACCAUGGCAACGGAGAGGAGAGAGGAGGAGGGAGGCAGCUCCAGAGGAGAGAGAGCGGGCAGCAGUGAGACCGCAGACUCGCCACCACUCGCCAAUGGUAAGCCAAUAUGUACACACACUCACGCAUGUGUCUCUGUGAUGUCCGUAGCGGAGUUGAGGAGGGACACGCCCUGUUCCCCGGGCCACUGUCAGAAGAUCACCCAGCUGCUCCAGAGCCCGGCGGUCAAGUUCAUCACCCACCCCGAGUUCUUCACCGUCCUCCAUGCCAACUAUGGUGCUUACCGGAUGUUCACCAACAGCUCCUGCCUCAAACACAUGAUCCUGAAGAUUCGACGAGACGCGCGCAACUUUGAGCGCUACCAGCACAACCGCGACCUGGUCACCUUCCUCAACAGGUUCGCCGACGCCCAGCUGGAGCUGCCCCGAGGGUGGGAGAUCAAAACCGACCCGCAGGGAAAGUCAUUCUUUGUGGACCACAACAGUCGUGCCACCACCUUCAUAGAUCCUCGGAUCCCACUGCAGAAUGGACGCCUACCCAACCAUCUCACACACCGCCAGCAUCUGCAGAGACUACGCAGCUACAGCGCAGGAGAGGCGUCUGAUGUGUCCCGCAGUCGAGGGGCGUCUCUGCUCACGCGGCCGGGGAACAGUCUCGUGGCCGCCAUACGCAGCCAAGGCCAGCAGGAGCCCGUGCCAUUAGCCUACAAUGAUAAGAUUGUGGCGUUUCUACGGCAACCCAACAUCUUUGAGGUGUUGCAGGAGCGGCAGCCGAGUUUUGCCCGGAAUCACUCGCUCAAAGAGAAAGUCCACCACAUCCGCACAGAGGGGACCCAGAGACUGGAGAAGCUGUCGUGUGAUGCUGAUCUGGUCAUGCUGCUGAGUCUGUUUGAGGAGGAGAUCAUGUCGCACGUCCCCGUGAGCACGUUCCACCCCGGCUUCAGCUUCUCCCCCCGCUGCUCCCCAGGCUCCUCGCCCCAGAACUCCCCAGGGACACAACGGGCCCGAGCACCAGCCCCCUACCGUAGAGACUUUGAGGCCAAACUGCGCAACUUCUACAGGAAGCUGGAAGCCAAAGGAUAUGGCCAGGGCCCUGGGAAAAUCAAGCUGAUAGUGCGGCGAGAUCACCUGCUGGAGGGCACCUUUAACCAGGUGAUGGCCUACUCACGCAAGGAGCUGCAGAGGAACAAGCUCUACAUCACGUUUGUGGGAGAGGAAGGCUUGGACUACAGUGGGCCGUCUCGUGAGUUCUUCUUCCUGCUCUCCCAGGAGCUGUUCAACCCGUACUACGGCCUGUUUGAGUACUCCGCCAACGACACCUACACCGUCCAGAUCAGCCCCAUGUCUGCCUUCGUGGAGAACCAUCUGGAAUGGUUCCGGUUUAGCGGGCGUAUCCUUGGUCUGGCCCUGAUUCACCAAUACCUGCUGGAUGCCUUCUUCACACGGCCAUUCUACAAAGCCCUCCUCAGGCUAUCAACUGAUCUCAGUGACCUGGAGUACCUGGAUGAGGAGUUCCACCAGAGUUUACAGUGGAUGAAGGACAACGACAUCACCGACGUUCUGGACCUCACCUUCACCGUCAACGAGGAGGUCUUCGGUCAGGUGACAGAGCGAGAGCUGAAAUCGGGCGGAGCAAACAUCCAGGUGACGGAGAAGAACAAGAAGGAGUACAUUGACCGCAUGGUGAAGUGGAGGGUGGAGCGAGGGGUUGUUCAGCAGACACAGGCCAUGGUCAGAGGCUUCUACGAGGUGGUGGACUCUCGGCUGGUGUCCGUGUUUGAUGCCAGGGAGCUGGAGCUGGUCAUUGCAGGCACCGCAGAGAUCGACCUGAACGACUGGAGGAACAACACCGAGUACAGAGGAGGCUACCAUGACGGGCACAUAGUGAUCCGGUGGUUCUGGGGGGCCGUGGAGCGCUUCAAUAACGAGCAGCGGCUGCGCCUGCUGCAGUUUGUGACGGGCACGUCCAGCGUGCCCUACGAGGGCUUCACCGCACUGCGGGGCAGCAACGGCCUCCGCCGCUUCUGCAUCGAGAAGUGGGGCAAGAUCACCUCACUGCCCAGGGCUCACACGUGCUUUAACCGGCUGGACCUUCCUCCGUACCCCUCCUACACCAUGCUGUAUGAGAAGCUGCUCAUCGCUGUGGAGGAGACCAGCACGUUUGGCCUGGAGUGACCGCUCCUCACCC